AUGACAGCAGCAACUCAAUACUGCAACCAAGAUGAUAAGGAAGACUUCGGCGACUUUGUGCGCAAUGAAGACGAGGAAAUGGACCUGGAAGAAGUUGCUGAGCCCUGGGACAGAUAUGAUAAAACGAUAACCUCAGAUGUCUUCUAUCCCAUCCGCCUUGGAGACCUGAUCAAUGAGAGAAAAUUGUCCAUGACUACUUGCAUGUCCGCCGCUCUGCAAUUGCUAGAGGCGUUGGGGAUUUUACAUGAAGCCGGAAUAGUUCACCGUGAUUUGAAUGAGAGAAAUUGUAUGUGGGGAAUGCAACCCCUCCACCAUCUACCCAGGAAUGCCAAAUACAAGGCAUUGGGUCGGCCGUUGAAGCAAACAAUACCGGUGGACGAUCUCUGGAAGGAAGGAGAGCUCGUUGGACCUGCUAAUAUCCCCCCAAACCUACAAACCCAAAAAUUCUAUCUCGGUGACUUUGGUCUGGCAAAGAAACUGAGCGAUCCCGUGACUCCCUGUGGCUAUCCACCAUUGCAAUAUUGUCCUUUGCCUGAGGAGUGGAAGGGACUAUAUACUCAUUCCGAGAGCCGUGAUUCCUGGUAUAAUUACCAGAACCAAACUACUCCCGAUCCCAAAUGGACUCUUGAGUCUAGACUUGCAUAUUUUCGUCCCGACGCCGACCUAGUGGAGCGAAGCCAUGUGCUUUCCAUUAUAUCUCGUGUGUUAACUUAUGACCCGGCGAAGCGUAUGACCGCAUCCCAGCUUCUGCGUGACCCUUCGUUUAGAGCUAUCAUGGAAAUCAUGGUUGUUGAUACCAAGCUCUUUGUGCUUUUUGGGAUUGACGGUGUCACGGCGUGA